GUCUCUAUUAUUAUUAAUGGACAUUCUUGGUUUAUGCAGGCACAUGACGUUUUUAUGUGGUAGAGGAGGAGUUUACGCCAUUGGAGCUGUAGUGGCCAAUUUGAUUGGCGACCAUCAAAGGCGUGACUUGUAUUUGAACCUUUUCCUUGAGGUAGCACAAGAGAAGGCCCUCUCAGUUGGACCAGAGGAAGGUGGUUUUGGAAUGUCAUAUGAUCUUCUAUAUGGGAGAGCUGGUUUUUUAUGGGCAGCUUUGUUCAUAAACAAGUAUCUUGGACAAGAGAAGGUGCCAAGUGAUCUUCUAAUGCCUGUGGUGGAUGCUGUGUUGGCUGGAGGUAGGGCAGGUGCAUCUGAUAACCCUUCCUG